CCACUUUCUUUUCCUCCUCUUCUAUUCUCUCUCCCCCGCUUGUCGCAAACAAAGCGCAAUUCAUCUAUCUAGCCUUUCCCUUCUUCUACUGCUCUCUCUUCACAUCUUCGCCUCCUGGCCGUGGCGUUUUUUCUGAUUUUCUUUCUCUUUUUUUUAAUAGUCAAUACCCAGCUGUGUCUUGCUCGAGCACUGUGCCCCCUUCUUUGCACCUGAUUCGAUAACUCUCGCUAUCAACAAACACCAAUCCCGCAAUCACUAACUCGGCUCGGUUCGAUUUGUGUAAAACACCGUCCGCUCUCGAAACCCGGAACACUCACUCUGGUCGCCACAUUGAUUCUAUUUUUUUUUAAUCAUAAUAACUACAAAAAUUCACCAAGAUGAACGUCAACCGGAAGUUCGAUCGUUUCAAGCAAUGGGCCGGGGAGCGAAUGGGGAGCGAAGUCAAGACCAACCUGUCGGACGACUUCAAAGCCAUGGAGACGGAGAUGAACGUGCGCCACGAUGGUGUUGAUCGUAUCCACAAGGCAACCGCCGCGUACAUCAAGUCUAUUUCCAAACGCAGCGAAGGCGAGGACAAGGAGAAGACGCUACCGAUCGCCCACUUGGGUAGCACCAUGGUUAGCCACGGUGAAGACUUUGAUGCUAACUCCGAGUAUGGACGUUCCAUGACCAUGCUUGGUAGAGCGGAGGAGCGCCUGGCUCGCCUGCAGGAUGCUUAUAUUUCCCAGGUGAACGCAGGCCUGCUGGAGUCGCUGGAGCAUUCUUUAACCCAGCUGAAAGACUACCAGACUGCCCGCAAGAAGCUUGACGGUCGCCGCUUGGCGUAUGAUACAUCUCUUUCCAAGAUGGAAAAGGCGAAGAGGGAAGACUUCCGUGUGGAGGAGGAGUUGCGGACUCAGAAGGUCAAAUACGAAGAGGCCAACGAUGACGUCUGCCGAAGAAUGCAGGACAUCAAGGAAUCGGAAGUUGAGGGCGUGAUUAACUUGGAGGCGUUUUUGGAUGCUCAACUGAGCUACCAUGCAAAAUGCCAGGAAGUGCUGCUCCAGCUCAAGAGCGAGUGGCCCGGAAGGCAACCCCUUUCCCAGACUCCAAAUGGUCGCCGUCCAGGCCGUCCCCGCUCCAACACUGCCCACUCUUUCGCAGAUCGCUAUGAGCCAUUGCAUGAAGAGGAUCACAAUGACGCGGAUGUCCGGCCUAUCAUUCGAUCCAGUCGGGCCACUUCGAUCGAGCCGACCGGCAGAGAGGUCUAUCCGCCUGAUACCUACGCGACCCGGCCCGUUCUGAGCCGGACUUCAACCUUCGAGGGCCCUACGCAAUUGCGCCAGGAUAAUAAUUCCAGCCCCUACCAAUGGCCCUCUCGAUCAGCCAGCGAAAAUUAUAUCGGCCGCCGAAACAGCAUUCAGAGCCGGACAGCCGGUAGAGCAUAUGCUGAUCCGUACAUGGACCCGUCUGAGGAUGAUAGCCCACGCAGCGGCACUAGCCCGGACAGAUCUUAUUUGGGACGCAACGAAUCGCCUGCGCCUUCAUAUGGCAGCGCAAUUUCGCGACGGGCCAGCUCGAAUACCCUCAACAGCACAUCCUUGAACAAGAAGGCUCCUCCACCUCCACCCCCCCGCGCCAAGAAGCCUGCCCCUCCCCCUCCCCCUAUGAAGCGGGUGAUUCCUCUUGGGGGCGACGCGUAGGCUGUGACUGCAUGUUAUAGCCUGUUAUACAAACCUCUAGCGUACAUGGGUAGUUGAGUGUUUUUUCCUUUCCGGUUGGGUUUCUGGCAAAUCUACCCUAAUUCAGGCCAUUCGAGUCUGGGGUUCAUCCUGCUGGCAAGUGUUGAAAGAUAGCGGGUGGUCUGGGGCGAGGAAUUGAUAUUCUCUCCCUUUGUUUUGUGUCUGUGCGAUAGGUAAACCGGCAGUAGUCAGUGUAUAGUGCGGUCUGUACAGGAAACGGGCGGGGUAGAACUGUUUCGUCUUGUAUUAUUGAGUUAAUAUGAUGGCCGUCAAAUAGAUAGUCCUUUAAUUUGAAAUUGUG